CGGUUACGUUCGCCAUUUGGGUCGUGACCACGGAGUCGUGACCGUCAUUAAAGGUUAAGGGCCUGAGAUCGUCGCCCGCGACGAAAGGGGAGGCCGACUGCUCCCUGGAGAACGAGCGUUUCGCUCAUCGCUGUUCGCGUCAUCCCUGUGCAGCACCGCAUCAACUGCCGGCCGUCGUCACAUCGAGACACAUUUUACUACUUUGGCACUGACGAAACAUGGCUUAUUGAAGAAGAUGAAGGGUGCGCGCAAAUAUAUCGUUUCUCCGAGGAGAGGAGACGGAGGAGACUGCAGCUGCGACGAGGCGAGUUACCAGACUGACUACAGUCGAUUCGCAAAUGGAUAUAAAGUCAAAAUUCACGCUGUCCCCUGCGAGGGGGACUGCUGCUGAUGCAAGAAAGAACAAAGAUGUCAAUAACGAGCUCCAUCUGGGAACUUUGCGCAGAAGAGAACUUACUGGCGCCAAUAACGUCCCUGAUAAUGUACAGCCGACAAAGUACAAUGUACAGAAAACAAAAGAUCUUGUUAAGAGACAGAGACCUAAAGGACAAUAUCAUGGCGGUGCAGAGGAGAAUUCCAAGGUAGUGGAGGAGAAGUUGCCUGAGUAUGGCUCAGUAUUGGUUCAAAGAAGCAAAAAGAACGGCAAUCACUUGCUGAAUUUUCAUUACGAGCGAUACGUGAUGCGAGAUGCACAAAACAGGGAUGUAGGGAGACAUAAUUCCAACAGUAAUAGAUUGCUGCCACCAGUGCAGCGGCAUAAAUACAACAAGGAACAAUUUGUACAAGCUAGUUGCCAAUUUGUUGUGACUGCAAGUAGAGAUUACUCCUUGCAUUUGACUAACCCAGAUAUUCUCGUGGAUUGGAAAUCGAUUGAACAAAUUAUAUUACACAAUUCAGAAAAUCUCUCUUGUCCUAUUUGUUUACAUCCACCAAUCGCAGGCAAAAUGACACGCUGUGGUCAUGUUUAUUGCUGGCCUUGUAUUCUCCGUUAUUUACGUUAUUGUCAAGAAACAGGCAAUUAUAAAUGUCCGAUUUGUGAUGAAUAUCUUCACAAAAAUGAUUUGAAGAGCGUGGAUUAGAUUACGCGCAGGUUAUUUAAUUUGGGCGAAACAGUCAAUCUAUGUUUGAUGCGUCGUGAAAAGAAUUCUUUGUUUGCAACGCCUGUGAAAUCUGCUGUUCAAUCCCCGACAACGUUUUUGUCUGUUUCGGAGAAUGCUGAUAAUCAAAUAUAUUCGAAACUUCUUAUCGCAAAUGUGAAUGAUAUUGUAAACAUCUUAGAGUGUGAGAAUUCAGAAUUAGAACUUGAGUUGAAGAUUAAUCCAGCCAUGGCUCUUGAUAUCAAGCAAGCGCUCAGUGAAUUAUCAAAGAGGAAAGAAAAACUAUUGUGGCAGAUUGCAGAAUCUAAAGAUGCUCCAUUGACUGAAAAUAUAACGGAAAAAGAAACUGCUGAAGAAACAUCGCAAAAAUAUGAAGUAGAUGUUGAUACAUGCAAAGAUGAUGACAAGUUUUUAGCAAAACAGUCUUCGACAGACAGUGUUUCCAGUGAUAGCCAGACUGCUUCAAGUCCUAGCAAAUUUUCUUACUUUUAUCAAGCGGAGGAUGGACAGCAUAUGUAUCUACACGCGGCGAAUGUGAAAAUGCUGGAAAUGCAGUAUGGCAGUUUGGAAUACUGUCCUCCUGUAAUUACGGGUAAGCUUCUCGAAAAGGAAGCAAGCAUCUGCACGGAAGAGUUAAGACGAAGAUUACGGUAUCUUUACCACUUACCACUUACUUGUCCAUUUGAAUUGGCUGAAAUCGAGUUAAAACCACCAUUAGUAUCAGGGGAAGUCCUUCGUGCUUUUCAUGAGCAACUAAAUUCGAGACAGAAGUACAGAGAACAAAGAGAACGCGAAGAAAGAAAAAGAGAGAAAAAGAUAAUCGAAGAAGAAAAUAGACAAAUUGGCAUAUAUCCAACGCCCGACAUAGAUAUUGAAUCCUAUCAACAUUUUCCUCAAUUGCAAUCAGAAUUACAAUUGUCCAACGAGAACGUUCUGUCACCUUCUGAAUCAGUUAUGUCAAGUAUUGCUAGUAGUCCAGUUUUGAGUGCGUUUGAAGAAAUUGCUCCAAAACAAGAAACGGAUCAUUCGCGCGAACAAACUCGAACAUUCGCGGACAUAACAAAGAUAUCAACAAUACCAACAAAGAUGUCUAAUAAAUCCGCCAAUGUAUGGCCAGUCGUAAGAUCAAAGACGCACUCUAGUACGACAAAUGCAUGCUUCAACAAAGACGAAGAAGUAUUGUCAAAAACGCAUAAGUCGACUAAUGCUUGGCCGCCUGUUAAAUCAGGAAUGUUCGCUGGUACACCAGGUACCUCGAUUAAUGAAGAUGGGAAGAAAACGUACGUUUCUGAAGAAGCAAAAGACGAAAGUAAUGCGUUUGGCAAAAAGAAGAAGGCUAAAAAGAAAGGAAAAGGAACCGUACUAUUCACAACUGCUCUUGCCACCAUUGUUUGAUGUACUAAAAAUACGUACGGCAUACGUAUUAAAUAUCCUUAUUUGUCUAUACUGAAAUUGUAAUUAUUUGCUAUAGAAAAAGAAAAGAUUGUUUGCCAAAGUUCUCGAUAUUGCGCUCACAAAUAAAAUUUUACUUCAUUUAAA